AUGAAAGCCAGGGACCCGUCGCUGAAGAGCCAAAUUGAAAAGGAGUCCAUCGCGCUGUUUAAGAAAAAUUUGCUCAAGGAAAGCUACAGCUGGUUCAAAGACACGGACUACUUCGAAAAGCUGAAGAGUGAGAACAAGUACAGCAAUGCUGAGAACGAGCACGAGACCAAAAAUGUGGUAACGGGUCGUGUGCAGCUUGGGUGGGGGGGGACAUUCUUCCUGCUCUGUUGUGUCGUCGUCAUAUGUGACAACUCAGGAUGGCAAUCAUGCAACCAUUACAAUAAUAGCAUUUUUUACUCCCCAGAAGCAUUGACGGUAGUAUACUCGAUUCUCUUCAUAGUGUAUGCCUUUCCUUUGUUUAUCUUGCACCAAUGUUUGGGGUUGCUGUCUCAAGGGAACUAUGUCAAGUCGUGUAGAAUGCUGUCAUCUCACAUGGGAGUCCUAUCCAUCUUUUCACUCUUCGGAACAGUAACCUUCUGUGCGAAAGAAAUAUGCAAUUUUUCAGUGGAGCUUUUACAAAAUGUAUUAAGAAUUGUCAACAUGAAAAAUGGAGAAAAAAAAUAUGCAAUGACAAAAGUUUUUAUCGAUUUAACCAAAAGACAUAUCACAGAUUGUUCUCAAAUGCCAGGCACAGUUUACUGGGAAGCUAUCAAUCAAUGUAUUUCCUUCAAUAAAAAUGUGGUGGUUAAUUUUUAUGAAAAUUUAUGGUUUAUUGGAAAUAAGGAGAAUUACAUAUACAUCAUUUUAAUAGCUACAAAAAAAUUAUAUGAAGAAGUUGUCCAAAUAUUUGAAGAAAUUGGCAUUGUCAAAUUGACCAUCUUUUUAUAUGGUACCAUAGCUAGGAGCUCUUCCAUUUUUAUCCUCAGUACCUUUGCUUCUUAUUUUCACACGAACACAAAUAUUUUGAGAAUUACCAUGUAUACUUUCGCUUUCUACAUUCUUAACAUGUAUUUUUAUCUUAAGAAUGAGGCCCAUGAGUACUACCUCUACAACAACAAUGACUUAUUCACUGUUAAGGAGUUUAACUUUAUGAAGUGCAACACUUAUGUUAAUUUACUGCAGGGGGUGGCACCUGACCAGGGGAGGCAGGGAGGAAGAGGCGCAGGGUUGUUGGGCCCAUUCAACAUCCUGAUGGAAAAGGGCAAACGGGGGGAAGAUGUUCACCAAGAGAGGCACAACCAAGAAUGCUCCCUCUACCUGUCCAGGAAAAGCAGCUUGCUUCCAGAAAAGGGAGACUACUUCCAAGAGCAUUCCGCACUUUCGAAUUUGCAAAAAGGGGGAGAAGCCCAAGAAGAAUUGCCCCCCUACAAAUGCUUCGACGGGGAACCAGGUGAUUUCAACUUCGGGGGAAGCUCCUUCGAAGACGGCAUCAUCGGGGUGGCAGAUCUGGCGAGAGAAGACUUCCAACGGAAGAUGCCAAAUCGGCGGCGAAGGCAAAGUAGUACCAGUGCACACAGAAACGGGAGUAGCAACAAGUACGCAGAUAGUGAUCCCCCUUCGUGGGGUGCUAGGCGGGAUUUAUUUUCUGACUCGAGUGGUCCAAGUGCGGGUUCCAGCGAGGCGAUAGAGGGAGGGGGUGCCCGGUGGAGCGGGGAGGGCAACUCGGGGAAUGGCGGCUCAAUGAAGGGCAACUCAAUGAAAGGCGGCUCAAUGAAAGGCGGCUCAAUGAAAGGCGGCUCAAUGAAAGGCGGCUCAAUGAAGGGCGGCUCAAUGAAGGGCAACUCAAUGAAGGGCAACUCAAUGAAGGACAGCUCGGCGAAAGGUAGCACUGGUACAGGCGGCCCCAAGCGGAAGAGUGACCACCACACGGGAAUCGCAGCACGAGUUGAAAGAAUGAAAAAUAUGGUGAUUAACAAAUAUGGCACCUUCCUGCUCUUCACAGUCAUAUAUAUCUUUACCAUUUUGCAUGUGAUAGACUUCCGAAGGAACAACGAUAUCGUUAGUGAAAUAAUUUUGAAUUCCUUCUACAGGGGAUUCUUAAUUUUUAUUUGUGCUGUCCAAGUGAUCUAUGCGUCUUGGGUAUUUGGGAUGAAAUUGCAGAUGGCCCAGUGCGGAGUUUUUUCAUGCCUUUUAAAUUUUUUCUCCUGGGUUGUUGUGCUGCCCGUGUUGUUUAUAGUUUACUUGGGGGAGGGCAGUUGGUUGCAGAUGCUCAUCAUCGGGCUCUCGCUCAACGUGGCUGCGGUGGCUACAUCCUUCGUGGAGGUUACUCUCAAGCUGCGCCGGGGCGCCUCCAGCACCAAGGGGGGGUUAGCGGUGAAGUUAGCGGCGAACACAGCGAUGAACUCAGCGGCGAACUCAGCGGCGAAGUUAGCGGCCAACUCAGCGGUGGAAGAGCAAAACGGAGCAGCGCACCACACGGAAAACUACCAGCAUUAUAGCUACCCAGCCGUUUUUAAAAAAUGCCUCUACUGGUUGUACAUAGGAAACUUGGAAGUGCUAAGAAGGAACAUGAAUAUAGCCAUGUCAGGGAAUGAUGAAAAAUACAUCCCCCUCUUCUGGAGCUUCUUCCUCAAGUAUAUUAAUUCCUCCAUGCUGAUCGUGGUGGUUAUAUACAAUACACGUGAGUAUUUCUUUAAUAUGCUUCCCAUGUUUGGGGGGUCCUUUAGCUUUCAAAUUGAGUUAGGUUCCAUCGUGUUGAUUUUCCUGGGUUCCUUCGCCGUUUUGGCGAACAACCUCCGCAAAGACCACUACCGACCACAAGGCAUCAUCAUACCCUCCGUCCCGAUGUUCUGUCAGGACAAGCGCAGGUACAUCUUUGCGAGUUGA